ACCCUCUCUCUUGCAAUAAAUCAAGAACUUGAAGCAUGAAAACCAACUGUUCUUUAGGAAAUUGCUCUGUUUUUCUCUUCUAUCAGAUAUUUCGAAGCCAUUAGUUAUCCUUCAUUGCUAUCCAAACAAAAAAGAAAAAUGAAAGGAAUGAAUAUAUUGUGUGCAUCCCAAGCUUCAACAGCCAUAUGUUUAAGCAUAGACCAAGUCUCAGCCACCGCCAGUGGCCAAAACCCCACCACCGCCAAAAGAUUCACCAAAACCCUGCCUUGCGCCGCUCACCCGCCGCCAAUCAAUCCUUUGCCUUAUCAUUUGCUUAAGAACCAUGAGAAAUGGUGUUCAAAUAAUACAGUUUCAGUUUCAGCUAAUGAUUUGAAGAAGAAGAAGAGUUCAUUGAAGGCAAUGGAUAUUAUUACAAGGAAAAGCAUUUCUUCUAACAUUAAAGAUGCUGCUGCAGAUGCGGGUAAUAACAAGAUUCUGUCUAUAAAACAAGAUCAACCCAUUGUUUCAAAACCCUCUGUACACCAGGUUUUGGUUCUAAAGGUGUCAUUACACUGCAAAGGUUGUGAAGGAAAAGUGAGGAAACAUUUGUCCAAAAUGAAAGGUGUGACAUCCUUUAACAUAGAUUUUGAAGCAAAGAAGGUGACAAUUGUUGGAGAGGUGACACCAUUACAAGUCUUGGCCAGUGUUUCAAAGGUUAAGUCUGCUCAAUUUUGGACAUCUGACAUUUCUGCUGCUCCUACAACCAAGAAUUGAUGACAAGAUUAGCAAUGUUACUCCUUUUUUCUACUUUGAAGAAGAAAAUCCAAUGAAAUUGUAGUUUGUACAUUGAAUUUGGCAUUGUUACUUCAACAUUUUUUUACAAGUAUUGAGAGUAGAAUUGUAUUUUAUAUCGAUUGAGUCUUAAUUUGAUUAGUACAGACAUUAUUGCCAAUGCAAUAGAAUGUGAAUUCGUGUGUGCUAAAA